GUACCAUCAUUAGCGUUCUCAGUAACCGAUACAUCAUCUCCAAAAUGCACUUCCUUUCUAGUUUGCUUGAUUCCCAGUUUUUCAUAUCCUCAAUGUGAUCCCCGUUUCUAACAUGGCUGGCGUGUUCGGAGCGUCACUAAGUCGACAAAUGAGUGGUUAUGAAUCUGGCAAUAAAAGUGGAUCUGAAACAUCCAGAAAAGACAAGAAGCACAAGCACAAACACAAGCAUCGCCAUAAGCACAAACACAGUGGUUACUCUGAUGAUAUUCGAGAAAGUCCACGAGACAGAUCUCACAAACAUAAGAAGAAGAAACAUCGCAAACGUGAGCAUUUAGAAGGUUCUGAUGCAGAGGAUGCUGAUGCAAAAUCAGCAAAGCGAUGGAAAUCAAAGGAGGAGGAAGAACUGGAUAAGCUAGAACAGGCUAGAGAUAAACUAAAAGCAGAGCUUGAUGGCAGUGCAGAAAAAAGUUUGACUACAUUCAAUGCAAUUGAUCUGAUAGCCCAGGGCUAUGGGUCAGAAUCAGAAGAGGAAGGAGAGAUUGAACAUGAAGAUCUUCGACAGCAGCUAAGGCAUGCACGAGAAGUGCUUGAAGGAAUCCAAAGAAAUGUUGAAAGAAUACCAUCUCCUAUUGAGGAAAGAGAAAGUUUUAAGACGGAACAUUCUGAUCAUCUUAGUACCUUCAGGGAUCAAACACAGACUGUUGAAGAAGAAGAUGAGUUUGAAACUCGUAGCAAUGUUUCAGAUGGUAGAGUUGAAAUAGUAGAUGUCUGCAUAAAAGAAGUCAAACAAGUCUCUCCAGAAGCAGUAAGGUAUAAAGAGAACAGUCCAGAUGUAGAAAUUUUAGAAGAACUUUCAGAAGGACCAAAACCAGCAAAUAAUUUCAGUAAGCAUGAUUCCACUAACUCCAGUGACAGGUUGGAAAAGUCAGAUAAAGAGAAAGAUCACCGUCGACACAGGCGGGAGGACAGAAAUAGCACUAGUUCAUACAGUCACAGAAAAAGCCAUCAGAGAAGUGGAAGGGAGAAGCCAAGAGUGAGAUCAGAAGAGUCCUCCCAGGCAGGGGCUGGCAGAGAAAGCUCCUACAGAGAAAGGCCUUUUGGUCAAGAAAACCUCAGUGGUGGUGAUAGGAGAACUGCUUUUGAUCAUACGAGGGGUAGAUCACCCAUAUCAGGGUACUCAAGAGAUCAAUCCUAUGAACGCUAUUCCACUGCUGGUAGUAGCAAAAGGGAUCGACCAGGGGAUUAUUCCAGUGAUCAUCCCAGUGAGCAAAAUGCAGAUGGCCGAGAAUAUGGAUAUCACCGCGGUGCAGAUCUUGGAUCAGGUAGAAGUCGUGACUCAAGCAGGAUUACAUCCAGAGACUUGGCUAAAGAAGCAAACAGUUCAACAAGUGAUGGUGUACGAGAACAGAGGCGGUGGCAGUCACCUACUCCUUCAAGAAGCUAUCGCGGUGGGAAUCGACAUGGAGAUGACACACAAAUGAGAAAGCUUGACAGGACUUUUUACAAAGAUUAUAGGUCAUCAGGCAUGAGUCGCAGACAGCAACAUUCCUCACAUGACCCAGGCAAAGAUCGAUUCAAGGACAGUUUGUCUGAGGGCAUGGGGGGGAAGCCAGAGGAUUCCUCAGAAGGAGAGCUUGAUGUUGAUGUUCCUGAUGAUGAGGAUGAAGAUGUCAUUAUUGAAAGACAAAGGCAGCAAAGGCAGGCUCUAUUGGAGACUUUGAAAGUGGAUUCUCCUCCAGGAACCCAUAUUCAGCCCCCCUCAGAGCAUGGUCAGGACAUACAGCUGCCUUUUUUGUCAGCAUCAUCUGAGGAUAGGCAUGGUCCUGAGAGCAGUGAGAGUAGCAUCCAUGUUUCUGACCAAACGUUUGCUGCAAAGAAUGAUAAAGGAGAUGGGAAUUUUGAGAUACCAGGAAUUUCUGACAAAACAGGACUUGAUCGUGAAGAUGACAGCGAUAGCGAAGGAAACAGUUCAUCUGAUGAUAGUGAUAUCAUUGCAGUGAUAUCAACUGCAACACUAAUGGAUGAAAACUCUGUGGACUUUGAAAGCUCUGUCACCGAAAAACGACUGCAAAUUAUUAAAAACAGCACAGAGACAGGAGGAAAACAGGAUCCUAAAAAAGUGUUGGACAUUUUUGCUGAGGAAGAUGAUAUUUUUUCUGAAAACUAUACAGAGAGUCCAGCACUAAAAAGAGUGAUGACUGGUGUGUCAGAGAAUCCAAACUUGACAGAUAACUGGGAUGAUGCAGAAGGCUACUACCGUGUGCGGAUUGGAGAGCUGCUAGAGAAGCGGUACACAGUGUAUGGCUACACAGGUCAGGGUGUGUUCAGCAAUGUGGUGCGGGCUAGGGACAUAGCUCGUGGCAACCAGGAAGUAGCCAUUAAGAUUAUUCGUAACAACGAGAUGAUGCACAAAACAGGACUGAAGGAGUUGGAGUUUCUCAGAAAGCUAAAUGAUGCUGAUCCUGAUGACAGAUUUCACUGCUUGCGCCUUUAUCGACAUUUCUUCCACAAGAACCACCUAUGCCUUGUCUUUGAAUCUUUGAGUAUGAAUCUGAGAGAAGUCCUGAAAAAGUAUGGCAAAGAUAUUGGACUUCACAUCAAGGCCGUUCGCUCAUACACACAACAAUUACUUUUAGCUCUUAAACUUUUAAAACGGUGUAGCAUUCUUCAUGCAGAUAUCAAGCCAGACAAUAUCCUGGUAAAUGAAUCCAAACUUGUUCUGAAAUUGUGCGAUUUUGGGUCUGCAUCUCAUGUGUCAGAGAAUGACAUUACACCCUACCUUGUCAGCCGUUUCUACAGAGCUCCAGAAAUCAUUAUGGGCAUGGGCUACGACCACUCCAUUGACCUAUGGUCAGCUGGAUGUACCAUAUAUGAGCUGUAUACAGGACGCAUCUUAUUCCCUGGACAAUCUAAUAAUGACAUGCUCAAAUACAUGAUGGACCUAAAAGGCAAGAUGCCCAACAAAAUGAUUCGCAAAGCUAUGUUCAAAGACCAGCACUUCGAUUCAGCUUAUAACUUCCUCUACCAUGAGGUGGACAAAGUGACACAGAGGGAAAAGGUGACAGUUCUGAGCACCAUACAUCCUAGUAAAGAUCUUCUUGCCGAUCUAGUUGGCUAUCAGCGCCUUCCUGAGGACCAGUUGCAUAAAGUAACACAGCUGAAGGAUUUACUGGAGAAGAUCCUCAUGCUAGAUCCUUCUAAACGGCUCAGCAUCAGUCAGGCUCUUACUCAUCCAUUUGUCCAGGAGAAAAUUUAAAGUAAGUUGGUAAUAUGGAAAGAAGAGCAGAACUCUCCUUCCAGCAUUCGUUGGCAGCAGGAACAUUCCAGGUGUUCAGGAAAAUAGGAGCUAGCCAUCCUGGUAUUUUUGAAUGAACUGACAGAAUGAGACUUCACUCAUUUUGAAUCCAUCAAAGUGAAGUGUUUAGUAAAAGACAGUAAUAAAUAUACUUCACAAAAGAUGGACACUUUUGCUUUCUAUAUCACCACUGGUGAAUUUGUAAUUAUUACAAAAAUGAACUGGGUUUGCUACAAAUAGUUUGUCAAAAAACUGUCACAUAAUCAGUGUUUGUACUUGAAAUCUCCUGUUCCGAAUGAUUGUAUGUAGACACAGCUGUUGGUAGUCAGUUGCUAUGUUGCCAGAACAUGCCUUUGGCUCAGUUUUACCUCUUCUAGACUCACUUUUUAAAUGUAUCUUGAUGUUUUAUUUUUUAACCUGAGGCAGGAGGCUGCUAUCACGAAAGUGAGCUGGAGUAAUGUGUAAUAUGAUGACAAUGUUACCUUUCUGUUACAUGAUGUUUAGCCUUGCUUGCAUUUCUUGCUCAUGGGUAUCCAUGAAAAUGUUUUAUAGAUUUCAGCAAAAUUAGGUAAGUAUCCUCUUAUUGCCCAUUUGCUUUACACAUUUUCAAUAAGGUGACAGUUAACUAAAGUGGUUGUCCAGAGUGUGAACAUGGUUUGCACCCAUGUCUAAGAGCUUUUUAAGAGUAUCAUGUUGUACAAGAAUAGUUCUCAAUAAACAUGAUGCAUAAAACA